AUGUCUGUGACACGUCUGGGUAAUGAAUUGGCCAUAAUGUGUCCGAGAAAUUACGAGCUUGCAAAGAUCGACAGUAGAAGAGGUUUAUGGCCACUCACCAAGCUGUUAUUUAUAAGAGCGGCAAGAAAUCAACAUACGAUGCCUACUAGAGAGAACUCUCACCAUACCCACGGCGUCUCCCUAUCUAAUAUUGUCAAUCAUUUUCAAAGUAACUCUAAUGCCAACAAUCCUUCACCACCACCAACAGCAAUUCAAAGAACAUAUCGAGUUCACUCCACACAGCCUCUUCCAAACCAGUUCUUGGAUGACGAAGAUGAAGAGGCUAUGAUUGGAGCCCAAAAUCUAUACCGAAACUGUAAUUUGGAAAGAAACGAUUCAAGGUUCUCAUUAUUUGGAAGGACCACUUCCCGCCCAUCAUCUUCACAUAGCCGCCAGUCGAGCACCUCCUUAGGGUCUCUCUUCAGAACAGCAAGCAGAUUAUCUAGACCACCAACAUACCAGCAGUAUGAUAAUCCAGCCGACGCUGACCAACACCGUAAUGACAUAGAACGCCUACACCGACUAGAAGAGCUCUAUCGGCUUCAACAUGGAAAUGAUUAUCAAGCAAACAGGACCUCUAACAACUAUUCCAGAAGAUAUUCAGAAGAUCACGCCAAUCAAAGCUCUUAUUCAGGCUGGAAAGAAAAGAUUGGGCGCUUCUUACUGAAUCAGUUCCGUGGCCUUUUUAUUGCACUCUGGAUGGUGGUGUUUGUAUUUGUAGGGUGCUUGACAGUAUUUUUGCCUCUUCCAGAAGCAGCCUACGCUAUGUGGGCUCCUUUAGUACUUUAUGUGAUCGGAGUCUUGAUCGUCAACACCUCUGAUCGCAGAAGGGCACGUGAAAUGGCCACAUUACGACAACAAGUUGGUGAAGCCCGCAGAAGAAGAAUACAAGAACUAUUGCAGGCGAUGAAUUUGCCUGAAAAUCACUACUUUGAAAUUCAAGAUGAUCCAAAACACCACGGGCAUCCUGUAAUGACGUUAUUGCCACCGCCACCAGAAUAUCAAAAUCAAUUUCCAAACGAAAGAGAGACAAGCUAG